GUAUCACCAAUUACCAGUACCGAGAUAGUAGUGCGGGGCUACCGAUCUUACCUUUACGUGAGGGUAAUAGCUAGAGUCCUCGGGUGGUGCGAGUGAGAUCUGAUUAGUACAAGGCUAGAGGUAUAGGCAGCACUUUGCGGCUCGUGCGGAUAAAAGCAUACGAAGCCUUCAAGACGAGCCAUCAGCCCUCUGAGUUAUCUGACUCAUGAACAAUCAAGACAGCACGGCGUCAUCCCCUGUUAUACACCCUUUACCCCACAAGACAGUUAAGAAGUUAUCGGAUACUUCGUCUUCUUCGCCAGUCAUUGUUCCGACACCGUCAGCGGCGUCCGAACCCGACGACAUCUCACUAGGCAACAACCAGAAGAUGGAGUCCUCGCAAGAGCAUGCGGAGCCUCAGGUAGUCGAGGAGACACUACAGAUCGAAAAUCGAGAAGAAACGGUCGCCGCACCAGUCGAUGAUGCUAAGGUUCAUGUGGCUGUCGCAAAGAAGGCCAAGAAGAAGACCCGGCGUCCGACGAAAAAGUCGAAACGCAAAAUGGACGAGACCUCCGCAUCUGAUUCUAGUGACUCUGAUGAUUCCAGUGAGUUGGUGGACAGCAGCGAAGACGAGAAGGCCAAGCGCAAGAGGAAGCGAAAGUCGGCCGCUAAACGCGCAGCAGCCAAGAAGAAGUUGAAGGCAAAGGCAAAGAGCAAGAAAAGUAAGAGCAAGAAGUAUGACUCUACGAGCGAGGACGAUAGCUCUGACGAAUCAUCCGAGUCCGACUCUGAUUCCGGAGUGGAAGAUACGAAGAGCCGAAAGGCCCUGCGAGCUAAAGCUAGGAAGAGGAAGAGCAAGAAGGUUGACAGCUCUAGUGACGAUAGCGACUCCGAUUCGUCAUCAAGCUCGUCUAGCAGUGACUCUGAUUCAGAAGAUGAGAAGUCAAAGCGCAAACGUGCGAAGGCGAAGGCAAAGCGGAAGAGCAAGAAGUCGACGAAAGUGAUCGAUUCAUCCUCACCCUAUUCUUCAUCUGCCGAAGAAGACGCACCGGCUCCGCCGGCAGACUUGCCUCCCUCCCCUCCCCUCCCCGGAGAUGAUAUUGACACCCAAGUCGCAAAAGUUACCACUAUAUUGAAAGGUCUCCAGUUGAAGCAAGCUGCAACUCUUGCCGUAGCUGGAACUACCAAGCUUGAAAAGCCAGUCAAAAAGAACGCCCUCGAGUUCAAGCGCGUGGAUCAAGUCUAUGAUAUGAAGAUUCGUGACUGGAAGCUCGUUGAGAGUAAUACGGAUCAGAAGGAUGAGUUUGACUGUGUGUUCACUGUGCGAAGGCGGCUCGACUGGGAAGGAAAAUACAAAGAAACGCAAGUCGACAUUAAAUCGAAGGUCCUCAGACACGCGCUCCAAGAGGUGUUCAAGGAGUGUAAGAGCAUUAGCCUGGUUGAAGAUACACCGCAGAUCGACCCUCAUACGCUUUUCCACUACUAUGGCGAGAUCAAGAAGUACGUUAAGAAGACACUAAAGCCAAAGCUAGGGAAAUCGAAGAGGUCGAAACACAAGAAGAAGGUCACCCAGGAGAUUGCGCAGUGCAAACUCCUCCUAAGCUACCUGGAUGAGGACUAUGACGCUACUCGGAAAGCCCUUAAGCCGAUGCUGAAGGCUGGCACGAUCACGUACGACCUUGUCUGGGCGCUUUUCAAGCCGAAUACAAUCGUUUUUACGCCUACAUAUACGAACAAAGAUGACCCACGGUGCUUCAAGGUCGACUUUUCGUACGAGUACGAAAGCUGGAUGACGGGAAUCAAGUCCUGUGUAAUCGAUGGGAGGUAUCUGGAGUAUGAUGGCAAGGCCUUUGGCCUUGGAGAUCAUCAGGUGAUGAUUCAGGCGUUCAAGGGCCACAAGAAGAUCACUAGCCUUGCGGCAUACCCGCUCAAGUACCACAAGGAUCCUGAGGGUAUCAAAAAGCUGCUCAUCGAGCGUGGCAUGAAGUUUGUCGCGCUUCAGGGUAUGAACUACCGCCUGCAGAAAGGCAUCGCGUACAUGAAGCACAAGAAUAGCAUUAUUAGAUUCAACAUCAACGGUCGCGUUAUGGUUGAUCCUGAGAUCUUCCGCCGCAUUAACCCCAACUACUCACUCUCAUACAUCAAACAUGACGAACUCGAUCACGAAGAAGAGGAAGAAGAGGACGAUGACGAUGAUGAAGAUUGCUGCUGUGGCUCCGACGAGGACAACGAGGAAGAGAAGGAGACAGACAAGUUGCGCGUAGUCAUGUGGAAAGAUAAGAAGGGCAAGAAACAUCCAAUUCGGGUUCCGCAGAGCGUUAUUGACAAGGAAACUAACGACAAAUCCGACGUGAAUCUUGAAGGCUCCGACGACGGCACAGACAGCAAGCGCCACGUGUUUACGGAAGAAGAGCUACUCAUUGCUUCGCCAGUUGUGCUCGGCUUUGCCUUCUCCGAGAAGCUGUGGCUUGAGUUUUCCCUCUCCGGUAUCGACGAGAUUAAGUGGAAUGACGAAGCCUUCGAUUCCCUCGUCCUCCCCGAUCGCAUCAAGCAGAACCUCAAGGGCCUCGUUUCCUCGCACCGCUUCAACGCCGCAAAGACCAUCGACGAUGUCAUCCAAGGCAAGGGCAAGGGUCUCAACGUCGUCCUGCACGGUCCGCCAGGCGUAGGCAAAACGCUCACCGGCGAGAGCAUAGCCGAGUAUCUCAAAUGCCCCUUGUACGCUGUCUCCGCCGGCGAACUGGGCACAAACAGCAGAACCCUCGAGCAAGAUCUAAACCGUAUAAUGGACAUUACACACUCAUGGGGCGCAAUUCUGCUCCUAGACGAAGCAGAUGUCUUCCUCGAGGCCCGCCAACCGCACGAUAUUCACCGCAAUAGCCUGGUCUCUGUCUUCCUGCGCCUUACUGAAUAUUAUCAGGGUAUCCUUUUCUUGACGACGAAUCGGGUAGAGACGUUUGAUGAGGCGUUCCAGUCGAGGAUUCAUAUGGGUAUUCGCUACGACAACUUGUCAGCGAAGGCGAGGAAGAAGAUCUGGAUGCAUCAUGUUGGCAAGGUGGAGCAGAUGGCGGGGCAGGUGAAGGGUGCAGAGCCUAAUUUGAAGCCGUUCAACGAUGCGGAUUACGAUGAGUUGAGUAAGAGGGUCAUGAACGGGCGACAGAUCAAGAAUAUGGUCAAGACGUCGCAGUCGAUCGCACUCGCCGAGAAAGCCGUCUUCAGCAUGGAGCACGUCAAGCGCGUGCUCGAGGUGGCCGAGGCGUUCGAGGACGAUAUGCGCGGCGGCAAAGGCUAUCGGGAUGCAAUGAGGCAGUACACUUGAGCUCACCCGACCGGUUUGAAGUGGGCGAGCGCUGUAGAAGCUCUUAGCGGAGAGAUGAACUGCAGGCAGCACCUCACGACAGCCCACGAGGAGGUGCGACUUGGAACGACAACGAUGAGAGGCUCAGAAUUCUAAUGAACGGAUGAUUCUAGUGUGCACUUUUCAAGAUUGUCUUUG